UUGCUGGCGGAUGGCUUGCCGAUCGAUCGGUCGCGGCCACCGAGUCGUCUUCUCCAACGAGACAGAACAAAGCACGGAUUGCAAGCCGGGAAUACUUGACUACUGCGAUAAUCACACAGUGAAUAGAAAAAGAAUCAGAUUCUUAAUGACAUGCCACUGUUUCGCCCUGUAAUACGCCUUUUCUCGAGACGUCAACCCCAAUAUUUUCGCAGAAUGACAACCCUGACAACGACUGUUUCUACGUCCUCGGCCAGCGAGACAAGAUUUCAUCAAGCCAGAUUCAUCCCACCUGAUGCCAUCUUCGCGUUGACAGCCGAAUAUUUGCAAGAUACUCAUCCACAAAAGGUCAAUCUAGGCCAAGGCACCUAUCGUGAUGGCGAUGGAAAACCAUGGGUUCUUCCAUCUGUGAACAAGGCUCGCGAGACACUUUCGGCGCAAGGGUUGAAUCAUGAAUAUCUUCCAAUUCUAGGGCUUCAGACGUUCAGAGAAGCCACGGCGGAAGCCGUACUAGGAUCAGAACUAUUUGCUCAGCAAAAGUCAAAGCUUGCAACAUGCCACAGUCUAUCGGGAACGGGUGCGUUGCAUCUGGCAGGAUUGCUGCUCAGAGCCUGCCAAUCUCCACUGCCCAAGAUUUACAUCCCCGAGCCAACCUGGUCGAAUCACCAUCAGGUAUUCAGUUCGCUCGGUUUCCCUUGCGAGAGCUUCAAAUACUACGACCACGGCACCAGGGAUCUGGAUAUAGAAUCCUACUAUUCGACACUGAAGAGCGCGGAGCCACAGUCCAUCGUAAUCCUCCAUGCUUGCGCGCACAAUCCCACGGGCUGUGACCCGACAAAGGACCAGUGGCGGAAGAUUGCGCAACUGAUGAAGAAUCGCCAGCUGUUCCCACUCUUCGAUGCGGCUUAUCUAGGCUUCAACUCGGGCGAUUACGACGAAGAUGCUUUUGCAAUCCGAUAUUUUGUUGGAGAAAUGGCGAUGGAGACGGGGAUAUGUAUAUCUUUUGCGAAGAAUAUGGGCCUCUAUGGGGAGAGAGUCGGCUGCUUUAUGUUAGCCACCAAUACCAGCGAAGCCGCCGUGAAUACCCAGUCGAUGCUGGAGAUGCUUCAAAGAUCGGAGGUAUCGAACCCUCCUGCAUUUGGCGCCAAGAUUGCGAGCCAAGUCAUGGGGACGAAGGAUCUGAAGGAGAUGUGGUUCGCCGACAUGGUGACCAUGAGUGGUCGCAUUCGGUCGAUGAGGCAAACACUGUAUGACCACUUGCUCUCGUUCGGUGCGCCCGGGUCUUGGGACCAUCUCAUUCGCCAGUCAGGGAUGUUUGGGUUUUUGGGGCUGUCUCCAGCGGUCGUUUUGAAGUUGAAAAAUGAGUACCAUGUCUACAUGGCAGCCAAUUCUCGGAUCUCGAUCGCGGGGUUGAAUCCUAGCAAUGUUGAAUACGUUGCCCACUCAAUCACACAGUGCCUGAAGAAUUCCUAG